AUGUCAAAGAAUGUUGCAAAUCUACCUUCAGUUGGGAAUGAAGUUAAGACUACUGAAGAUAAGAAUGUGGAAGCUGAAAAGCAACAAGCUCAGAAGCCAAAGAGUUCUUGUUCUAUGCCACCUCACUGCGAUAUUCUUGAACCAAAGUCUGCAAAGGUAUCUUCUACACUUUGGGCAGUUUUGCCAAAGCCAAAGAAUGCUGGUGUUAAUACAUUGUCACCCAAUGCUUAUGCUAAGCCACCUCACUAUGAUAUUCUUGAACCAAAGUCUACAAAGGUAUCUACUAUACUUCGGACACUUUUGCUAAAGUCAAAGAAUGCUAGCGUUAAUACAUGCCCACCAAAGUCUGCAACAUUUUUGGCACUUUUGCCAAAGCCAAAGAGUACUGCAAAGUUACCUUCAGCUGAGAAUGAAGCUGAGACUGCUGAAAGUGAGAAUGUGGAAGCUGAAAAGAAACAAGCUGAGAAGGCAAAGAAUGUUGGUGUUAAUACAUUGUCACCUAAGUCUGCAACACUUUUGACACUUUUGCCAAAGCCGAAAAAAACUGCAAAGCUACCUUUAGCCGAGAAAGAAAUCGAGACUAUUGAAAAUGGGACUGCGAAAGCUAAAAAGCAACAAGCUGAGAAGCCAAAGUGUUCUGCAAAGGUAUCUUCUACACUUCGGGCAGUAUUGGCAAAGCUAAAAAAUGCUGGUAUUAAUACAUUGUCACCAAAGUCUAAAACACUUUUGGCACUUUUAUCAAAACCAAAGAGUGUUGCAAAGCUAUCUUCAGCUGAGAAUGAAGCUAAGCGUGUUGUUGAUGAGAAUGUGCAAGGUGAAAAGCAACAAGCUGAGAAGCCAAAGAGUGCUUGUGCUAAGUCACUUAACUGCGAUAUUCUUGAACCAAAGUCUGCAAAGCUUCAGUUGAGAAUGAAGCUAAGACUGUUGAAAAUGAGAAUGCGGAAAGCUGAAAAGCAACAAGGUAAGAAGCCAAAGAGUGCUUAUGCUAAGUCGCCUCACUGCGAUAUUCUUGAACCAAAGUCUGCAAAGAUAUCUCCUACACUUCGAGCACUUUUGCUAAAGCCAAAGAAUGCUGGUGUUAAUACAUGGCCACCUAAGUCUACAAUAUUUUUGGUACUUUUGCCAAAACCAAAGAGUGCUGCAAAGCUAGCUUCAGCUGAGAAUGAAGAUGAGACUGUUGAAGAUGAGAAUGUGGAAGCUGAAAAGAAACAAGCUGAGAAGCCAAAGAGUGCUUGA